AUAGACGUUUUAAUGUUUCCUGCUUUGCCGGGCGCUUGAUAGUGUGUGGCAGUGAAUGGAUGAAAGACGGUUCUGCCUGUCCCAUCGCUUCUAUGCGCGCUUCAAUUAACAAUAUCCAGGUAUUUUUUGGGUUAUAAAUAUAAUUUCCAUUGCUCCCGACGCGGCAGUGGAAGUCAACUGGGUGAUAACCACGAGAAAAUAAGAAAAGAGUGCCAGAAUGGAGAUUUCCAGCUGUACCUGCGAGCUAUAGCGGUGCCACUGACUUCUGAAGAGCAGACUUGUGAACUUUGACUCCACGCUGCAGAGACCUAUCUGACCGAAUCCCACCCACGAAAUGGAGGAGCAAACCAGCUGUCCCAACGUCAGCAUCCCCUGCUACAACGAGCAGAGGGACAAGAAGAAACGCUUCACUGUUUACAAAGUGAUGGUGAACGUUGGAGGGAACGAAUGGUUUGUCUUCAGGAGAUACGCAGAGUUCGACAAACUCUACAAUACGUUAAGAAAACAGUUUCCUUCUAUGAAUCUGAAGAUCCCAGCUAAGAGAAUAUUUGGGGACAAUUUUGAGCCAGAGUUCAUAAAGCAAAGGAGAACUGGGCUACAUGAAUUCAUCCAGAGACUAGUCUCCCAUCCCCAGCUUAGUAACCAUCCCGAUGUCAGAGACUUCCUUCAAAUGGACAAUUUGAAAAACCUCUCUGACGCCUCUGAGGACGAGGAUGAGAAAAAAAGUUCUACCUCCAGAAAUAUUAACCUGGGACCAUCUGGAAAUCCUCAAGCAAAGCCAACAGACUUUGACUUUCUUAAAGUCAUUGGGAAGGGAAGUUUUGGCAAGGUUUUUCUUGCUAAACGUAAGCUGGAUGGGAAGUUUUAUGCAAUCAAGGUCUUGCAGAAAAGAGUUAUUCUGAAAAGGAGAGAGCAAAAACACAUCAUGGCCGAACGCAACGUGCUUCUGAAAAAUGUCAAGCACCCCUUCUUGGUCGGACUGCAUUAUUCGUUCCAGACUACAGAAAAGUUGUACUUUGUCUUGGACUUCAUCAAUGGUGGAGAACUGUUUUUCCACCUCCAAAGAGAACGGACCUUUCCAGAACCCAGAGCAAAGUUCUACGGCGCAGAAAUAGCAAGUGCACUGGGCUACCUGCAUUCCCUAAACAUAGUUUACAGGGAUUUGAAACCAGAAAAUAUUCUGCUUGACUACCAAGGACAUGUAGUUUUGACUGACUUUGGAUUGUGUAAAGAGGGUAUUUCCCAAGCUGAGACUACAACGACAUUUUGUGGGACACCAGAGUAUCUAGCCCCGGAGGUCCUGAGAAAGCAGCCCUACGACAACACAGUGGACUGGUGGUGCCUUGGCUCUGUCCUCUACGAGAUGCUGUAUGGCCUGCCUCCAUUCUACAGCAGGGACACCCAUGAAAUGUAUGACAACAUCCUUCAUAAGACGCUGCUGAUGAGGCCUGGAGCGUCUACCACUGCCUGGUCCAUCCUGGCAGCACUUUUGGAGAAGGACCGGACCAAGAGGCUGGGCUCAAGGGAGGACUUUAAUGAGAUCAAAAGACACAACUUCUUUUCCUCCAUUAACUGGGAUGACCUAGAACACAAAAAGAUUUCACCCCCGUUCAAUCCCAACGUGAAUUCCCAGUAUGACAUAUCAAACUUCGAUCCAGAAUUCACAGAAGAAACGGUUCCAAACUCUGUGUGCUAUUCCACUGACCUUUCCAUCGUGAAUGCCAGUGUCCUGGAGGCUGAUGAUGCCUUCUUGGGUUUUUCGUAUGCCCCGCCCUCAGAUGAUGCUUUCCUGUAAAAGGGCCCAAUACACACAGCUGCUUCCUGCUUUUUUUUUUUUUUUUGUUAAACAACAUAGGCAUAGCUUGAAGGGGCCUUUUGACUUUGCCUUACCUAAUGGAAAUUAUUUUGGAUAAAAAGGGAAUAAUUCCUUGCAUUAAUACCUCUCAACAGAGAGCCAAAGCCUUCAUGAUCAUAUAACACAUCUAAAUGAUAUGGGCAGCUGCUUGUGCCAGCAAAUAUCUCAUAUAUAUGAGAGAGAGAGAGAAUUCAUUUGACCAAGUUAUUAACAUGUUGAACCAAAGUUGUCUUGUAGAUUUAAAAAUCUACAUAUGCCUUGUAAUCAGUGUUUCUAUUUUAAAA